CAGAAGUCAAAGAGAAUCCUCGCUGAUUUCUGCUGAGCAGAUGUCUAUGGCAUUGAUUCAGUUUGACUAAAAAUAAUCGAUGAAAGUGGGUCACUGCUCAUUUGAUCUUCUUUACAUUCCUGACACGCUUCCGUUUUCACUGAAGCUGCGAAGACAUUUUUAUCUGAGGAGGAAACUUGAGAAGCAACAGCGUUCUCGCACUCUUUGGCUGCUGACAUGAAACUUUGGAGCAUCUUGGCUGCGCUCGCAGGAGUCUGAAGGUUUCCAGCACGAACUGCGGCAACGCCUCCUCACGCAGAGAAAACAUGAAAUGUGGCAGCAGCCUCUGCACGCUGAACGUUGGUGGCCGCAGGUUCUCCUACACCGCAGAGCUGAUGAGGCGUCUCCCCCUCAGCAGACUCAGUCGACUGCUUCGCUGCGUGUCGGAGAGCGAGCUUCUUGAGCUCUGCGAUGACUACGAUCGUGAUCGCAAUGAGUUCUUCUUUGACCGCCACUCUGAGGCCUUCAGUUUCAUCAUGCUGUACGUGCAGCACGGGAAACUGCGCUUUGUGCCACACAUGUGCGAGCUUUCCUUCUACAACGAGAUGCUGUACUGGGGCCUGGAGAGCUCCGAUCUGCAGCUGUGCUGCCAGCGUCUUCUGGACGACCGCAUGUCUGAAGCCCUCGUGCACUUCUUCCCGGAGGAGGAGCCGCCACGUGGCCCUGAGAUUACGCAGAAUCCUUGGCUGGAGAGGAUGAGGAGAACAUUUGAGGAGCCCACGUCCUCGUUGGCUGCGCAGCUCCUUGCUUCAGUGUCAGUGCUGUUUGUAGUCAUCUCCAUGGUGAUGCUAUGUGCCAGCACCUUACCUGAUUGGACGGCGCUGGAACAGCAAAGCAUCAUCGAGGCGGUGUGCAUUGGUUGGUUCACGGCAGAGUGCAUUGUCCAUUUCCUAGUGUCUCGUGAUAAGUGGGACUUCAUUCAGCGGCCUCUGAACAUCAUUGACCUUCUGGCCAUCCUGCCAUACUACAUCUCUGUUGCCAUGACGAGCCUGACGGGCGAGAACUCGCAGCUGCAGCGAGCCGGUGUGACACUGCGUGUCCUUCGCACGAUGCGGAUCUUCUGGGUUAUCAAGCUGGCGCGUCACUUCAUGGGCCUGCAGACACUUGGCCUGACGCUUCGUCGCUGCUAUCGUGAGAUGGUAAUGCUCCUGGUCUUUGUCUGUGUUGCCAUGGCGAUCUUCAGUGCGCUGGCUCAGCUGCUAGAGCACGGCCUUGACCUGGAGGCUGGAAACCAUGACUACGCCAGUAUCCCCGCUGCCUGCUGGUGGGUCAUCAUAUCCAUGACCACAGUGGGAUACGGGGACAUGUACCCGAUGACAGUGGCGGGGCGCGUGCUCGGAGGCCUCUGCGUGGUGAGCGGCAUCGUCCUGCUGGCGCUGCCCAUCACCUUCAUCUAUCACAGCUUUGUCCAGUGCUACCACGAGCUGAAGAUGCGUUCAGCUCGCUGCGGCCGCAGUCUGUCGGGCGAAUUCGUCAACUGACCGUCAUCCUGCUGCUGAGGAGGGGCGCUGCCAUCAGCUCCAUCACAAUGAGAAGGAUACAUCGAUCGGACCGAUCAAAAAGCAACUUGAGUUUCCCCCGACGCCUCCAUCGGAGUGAGUGUGUGUGAAUACAGGGUGUAGUGAGACACAACCUAACCCUCCUUUUGCUGUUUUCCAAACAGGACUCAGGUGACUUUACUUUGAUAGUUUCUCAUCCUGAUUCGAUCUUGGACUGAACUCACAGACAGUCAGGUCCUGUUGCUCAGAAGAGUCGGGGAAUAAUGCGCUCACACAGUGAAAUGGUGGUGAGAUAAACUCACACCAUGCGAUGCCCCCUCAGGUUAGGCAUGAGAGGCAACCCGGCGGUCUGUGGCAUUAUUGAACCCCUCCUUUGUUUCCAUGGUGACCGUAGAGCCAGUCAGCUGAAGUGUUGAAAGCAUCUGGUUUGAAUGUCCGGAUGGAGAAGCGGGCGGAGUGUGAAGUAUCUGACUACUUCUUCUUCUGUGUGAAACGCUGCAGGGUUUGACCCAAAGUACACUUAUACAGGCGACCCCUUUAACCUUUGACCUUUACUCCAGAGAUGUCAAACUCUCCAUUUAGGCAGCAGCUCAUGUGUUUAUGAACUCUGACCUCUGUUGGCUGAUUCCGAUCAGAAAACCACAUUAAAGGUUAAAGCUGAAAA